AUGGCGCGCACUCGUUCGCAAACCAAGAACUCCACGCAGAUCGUUGAGAGCAUCGAAACCGCCGUUUCUGAGCCCCUGAAGCCUGCUCGCGUUACGAGAUCUCGGGCCAAAAAACAGGCCAGCAGCGAACCUCCAGAAACACACCCAUCCGCCCCCGCGCCUCCCAAAACCACCCAACGCACGAUCAAAAAGCCCACGAAGCCUUCUGCUCGUAAACGUCCCGGCAAGACAGCUGCUUCUCGGGGAAAGAGAACAAGUACAAAGAGUACCAGCCCAGAAGAUAAUGAAGAGCCGAUCGAGGAACAGCAGCCAGUGUCAGAAGUUCCAACUGAAGCCCAGAUCGAGACUGCGGCUGAACCAAAGCUUCCUAGUCCCAAGGCAGUGGAAACCGCGAAGCCUAAAGGACGCAAGGGUGCAAAAAAAACCAAGAAACGUUCUCGCGUCGAACACAGUGAUGACGAAGAAGAACAUGCCCUUGGGACCCCCGCGGCCAAGCGGCGUAAUCUAGGUCCCGCUGGAAGCACUCCGUUUGCUGGUCGUCGCUUGUCGCCUGCCUCCAGGCUGAUUUCAUCACGGGCUAAACCUCUCUCAGAGCGACUUCGCCGUAGGACCGUGGAGAGCGAAGGGCGCCUUUACACCACCUUGUUCCGUCUCCCAGAACUUGUGGCUCAGGUGGAAGCUGAUCGCCGCGCGAGCGCAAAUGGGUCAGAGACGCCCGAUUUUGAGGCUCCAUGCGAACCCAUGGCCCACCCGAUUGAUCAAGCAGACUUGGAAGAUCAAGAGAAUCAGGUUGCUGCCGUCACUUCGGAGAGUGAUCUUCCCCAGACCCCUCAGCGCGGCUGGAACAUCCGUGGUCUUUUCAAUUCUGUCCCUCGCUCUUUCUCGCGCUACAUCCCUGGAUUCGGUCGUUCUCCUGAGAAAGAUGAAGAUACAACUGUCUUGCAGCCCGCGUCGGAGCGGCUCAACCGUACCAAUGCCUCUACUCGCACCGUGGCUACCCCUCUCGAUUUUGAAAACGGUCAUCAGCCAGUGGUCAAGCCUAAACCCAAAGCUCCCAGCCCCCACAACUUGACUUAUUCUUUGUUCCCUGCCCGCUACGAUAGAGCCAAGUAUUUAAGCUUUGAUAAUGUACCCUACAAAGCGCCUUCGACUUCUGCUACCGCUGAACCCAGCGAUCAGACCACAUCGACUGCAACCGAGAUGACUUUGGCUGGUGAAGCUCAACCCGUCUCGAAUGGCGAGGCUCAAGGUGUGUUGGCCGCCGCAGCCCAAAGCGAGGCGAUUGGUGAGACCACAAAGACUACCGACGUUGAACGUCAGCCUACAAUUGUCAACAAAUCUAACGUCCCACCCCAAACCCCAGGCAAUCAAGAAUCUAAGAAGCGCAAGCGCCUGCCUUCUCCAGAUGUCAUUCCCAAUCCUCCAGGGACGAGUUAUGGCAUGGACUUGAGAUACUUCUGCUAUUCUGAUAGUGAAGAAGAAGACGAGGAGAUGUCUGCGCCUGUUGUCCCUCCUCCCACCGCGAUCAAGCCCUCUUUGCGCAACGCUCUCCGCGCAGAGCGGCCUCUCGCCAAGAAAGUUCGCUUCGAUGCUAGUCCCGAAGACACCCCGUCCAAGGCACGUUUGCGUGACCGUGCCACCGACCCUUACCAUGGACGCCAGUUUCUCUCUCCUGGUGAAACUUCAUCGGCUCCUGUGCCUGCUGAACCCGUUCCAGCGACCCCGACUCCUGUUGUUCAGCGGCCUCCUGGGUUCAUCCCCAACACUCAGGGUACCUUCUGCUUGAACUAUGAUGAUUUUAGCGACGACACCGAUCCUAGCGAUAUUUCCAUGACUUCUGCUCCAUCGCCUAGUCUGACUUCGGAAGCAUCAUCGCCCCUCAGACCUAACGGCUUUCUGGAUACUCCUACUAGACCCAAUGCUCUUUCCGCUGAGCCCACCAAGCCUGCCGAAGUUGCUCCGUCCCCGCCUCCCCGUCCCACUCCCCGUCACGCUGCCCUGCCGCCUUCGACGCCUGCUAAAGUGGACGAGACCGCGCUUGCAAAGGUCCGUUCUCAGGCCGAAAAAUACAAACCUAAGACUCCUAGCGGACUUCGUACUGCGAGCCGCUAUUCUAGUCCUCUAGUUGCGCCAUCCCCAGCGUCUCCCGGCACCAUCGUUGCUGAACAGCCCAACCUGGACUUUGGUGGUGAUGAUGAGUUUGCGCGUGACGCCCAGUGGCUCUAUCUCAACUGCCCCUCCGGCGACUUCGACAAGCUCCAGUGGCCAUCCAAGGAGAGUCUUACCUCCGGACUUGACGCACAGCCCGAGGUCAAGCUAUACUUGGACAAGCUCUGGACUGGUCCCGUGGCAGACCGUGAUGCCACCUCUUUCCGUCAUGCCCUGAACGCCUUCAAACCUGAGCCCGCCUUAGUCUAA